AUGAUGUCUCCAUCUACCAGAGCAGCCAGGAAGAGAAACGGCCCGCGCUGUCCAAACGCCUGUGACUCGUGCAAAAGACGCAAAGAGAAGUGCAAUGGACAACGGCCUUGUACGCGUUGCUUGAAACGAAAGGUGGAGCACAGUUGUUACUUCAGUGACCCUCGGCGUCGCGACGUUGAAGUACGCCCCGAUAACGCUCUGCAACCCUCCGAAGAUAGUCCAGCUGUGGGUGAGCUCGAGGAAGAUCCAGUCAUCGAUGCCACUGAUAGCCAACCACGAGAUCUUCACCUCUCACACCUACGCAUACCUGUCCCUGGAAUUUCAAGGCUCCUGCGCGACCCCAACAGCAGCUUCGUCUUCAUCGGCGAAUAUGCCAAUCUUUCCUUUCUGCACAAUGUGCGACACCUCGUCCAGAGCAAAUUCGGACUAUGGCAAUCAAUGUCCCAACCAGGAAAUGAUUUGACAAUGCAAUCUGGCGAAGUUAGUCAUCAUGACUGGCUCAGCACGGGGAAAGAUCUUUCAAUGGCCAAGCCAGACAUCGAAACCGGGAAGCAGCUACUUGCUGACUAUUUGUGGUCGACGUCCUGUAUUCUGGAUGUGCUAGAUCCCGAUGAAAUCAAGGCCAAAUUCAGAGCCUGGCUUUCACAGCCAGUCGAGCCUUCAGAUCCCGUCAGUCCAAAAUACUAUCUGAUCCUCGCCCUUGGGGCGCAAGCGAGCCCGGAAUUCUCGGACGAAGACGCAGAGAGCUACUUCAAUGCGGGUCGAUAUCUUACCAUGACGCAUUUCAUCGACAAGCCAGCCAUCUUGGGCAUCCAAUGCCAUAUUCUUAUUACUAUGUUCCUAAUUGGAGCUUCACGGCGUGACGCCGCUUUCUUGAGCUUUGGAAAUGCUGAGCGAGCGGCUUACGCCCUGGGCAUCCACCGGCGCAACAUCUCGCGGGUGUUCCGAAAGGCUGGGUACGAGGCGAGAGAGCGAGCGUGGAGGAACAUUCGGACGUUGGACGUAUUUCUGGCGUGUUCCUUGGGCCGGCCCAUGGCUACUUCGGAAAGUCGAAAUGCCCUGGCUGGAGAUAACUAUUCCGCUGUGGCGGGUCUCUGCUACAUCACCGAGUCCAUUUUUAGCGGAAUCUAUGGCAAGAGUGUCAUCGAUAGCAACAUUGUUGAAAGCAUCAGCAAAAACCAUCGGAUUUGGCUCUCGCUGCUACGAGAGGGCCUGGCUUUUGACAAUAUCAGCCCGGAGCUGGAGUUGACCGGCAGCAAAAGACCCAACAUGGGCCUUUAUCACAUUCGCAAUGGAUAUUAUGUCUCCAUCAUCCUCUUGACCCGACCCUUCCUCAUCCACAUGGUGUCUCAAAACCGCAGCCGACAUCAGGGAGAGAAAUGGAACGAACAUAGCUCCCAUCAGGCCGCUCCUGAUGCACCCGAGACCGCAUACGCCUACGCCUGUGUUGACUCUGCCACACGAAUCAUUUCACAGCUUCGCAACCUCGUCAAAUGGCCGAAUCUCCCGAAACAUUUACCGUUCGUGGUCAACUCGGUUUCAGUUGCCGCUCUCGUUGUCGGACUGGCUUUCUUUGCCAACCUCGAUCAACGUUUCCCUCUCUAUGAGUGUCUCUGGGACAGCACUGCCAUCCUCAAAACUUUUGCCAAGCAUGACCUCGUGGCUCGCCUGUACCUAGCCGUGAUCAAGGACUUGGAGUCUGCAUGUCGUGCAUAUGUCACGCAGAGAGAUAGGCCGGCGCAGGGAUCGGAACCGCAACUUAUGGGUGGCCAAUUUGGUAAAUUCCAGAUAGGUGAACGUACGGAACAGCCAGUGGCAACAGCCCUUGCUGGUGGUGGUGGCGGCGGCGGUGGUGGUGGAAGCAGCAGAAGUGAUGAAUCAGUCCGCGAUCAACCAUCUACAAUUUCCGACAUUGGGACAGCCGAUCUCGAUUCUUUGGACGCGGCCUAUUUCGAUUUUGGAGAAGGACCCGACAUCACGUAUGAUGGGUUGCAUUGGACGCUCCCUGCAGAGGAAACGGAGAACCCACAGCAGCACUCACAGAUCGAAGUGGACGAAAUCAAUUUCGAUCCUAACGUCUUGAGCGGCAACCAGGCAAGCUGGUCCUUUCCGUCCAGAUACAACGCAACAAUACCAGAGUCUGUCUUCUGGCCGCCGCAGUGA